CACGAUGCCCAAAGUUUUCAUCACGGGAGCAACAGGCUACAUUGGCGGUGAUGCUCUUUACACUAUCGCCAACACCUACCCUGACUUGGAAUUUACAGCCUUAGUUAGGAACAGCGACAAGGGAGCUAAAGUUGCAUCUCAAUACCCCAAAAUCAAGCUGGUCUACGGCGAGCUCGAUAGAUUUGAUCUUCUCACGACAGAAGCGGCAAAAGCGGACAUCGUUCUUCACACAGCAAAUGCCGGAAAUCUCGAGGCCGUGAACGCUCUGAUCGCAGGUCUCGCUCAGAAGAAGACACCCGGUUAUCUCAUCCACACAUCAGGAACUGGUACCCUUGGUACCCCCGACUUCUUGAACAACACUCUUGGCUCCCACUCUGAUAAAAUGUAUGAUGACUGGGAUGGUAUUGGAGAGGUCGCGUCUACGCCCGAGAGUUGGGGGGCUCGUAAAGUCGAGAAAGCCAUCCUCACCGCAUCCUCAAAGAACCCUGGAAACAUUUUCACUGCCAUUGUGGCACCUCCGUUAAUCUAUGGCGAAGGCCGUGGUCCCGAUAAUCAGCGCAGCAUCCAAGUUCCGAACAUGGUCAAAGCAACGCUUGAACGUGGCAAGGGCUUUUAUCUUGGUGAAGGCAAGAACGUUUGGCACGUCGUUCACGUACAGGACCUUAGUGACGUAUUUCUCCGGCUUGUAACCUCUGCGCUACAAGCCGGAGGUGGAAAAGCAACUUGGAACGAAACGGGAUACUAUUUUACCGAAACAGGUGAUGUUGUCUGGGGUGAAAUAAGCAAUGCGAUCGCGAAAGCUGCGGUGGAGCGUAAUCUCAUUGCCAAUACGGAGCUUGAUAGUUUGACAGGGGAUGAGGCGAACGAGAUUCUGCCACCAUACGGGGCAUACAUCUGGGGCACAAAUUCGAAGGCCAAAGGAAUUAGAGCAAGUAGGUUGUUGAACUGGAAGCCUGAGAAGGAAGGUCUCUUUGAUACGAUCGAUGACGCUGUCAUUAUUGAGGCCAGAGCGUUGGGACUAGCAAAAUCACACCAGGAAGUAGCAGCUGGACAGGUUUAG